UUCAGAGAGUACUGGAGAAGGAGACUCAUCUUUUAAGAGUAUGUCAAGUAGAAGAAGUCCAAUAUCAGACAUGACCAUUUUCAAAUACUCCCUCUCAGGCUUAAAUGAGAGGUCUUUUAUGCUCAAGGAGAUUGCUUUGUCUGCUUCUGACAAUGAACUUUCAGAAUUCGCGCAUCAGGUGUCUCUCUAUUCGGGAUGUUCACACCACCGGCACCAAAUAAGUAUUGCCAAGAGAUUGAUAGAGGAAGGAACAAAAGCUUGGAAUUCGAUUUCACAAAACAACCAUAAAAUUCGUUGGGAGGACGUGGUUUUUGAGAUUGAAGAGCACUUUAUGAAGGUUGCUUGUUGCAGUUCUAGAUCUCUAACACAACAGGACUUUGAGCUUCUGAGGAGAAUCGCUGGAUGUCGAGAGUAUCUUUCCCAAGAGAAGUUUGAGAAGAUGUGGUGUUGGUUAUUCCCUGUAGCUUUCACAUUAUCAAGAGACUGGAUUAAUGCAAUGUGGAGUUCUACGUCUCCUAAAUGGAUUGAGGGAUUCAUAACAAAAGAAGAAGCAGAAUUUUCACUUCAAGGUCCAAGGGGCGUCCAAGAGCCUGGCACGUUUAUACUCCGGUUUCCUACUUCUAGGAGCUGGCCUCACCCUGAUGCUGGCAGCUUAAUUGUGACUUAUGUUGGCAGUGAUUGCACUCUUCACCACAGGCUGCUGUCCCUUGAACCAAUUUAUUGUGAAAGAGAAACUAAUGUGAAACCACUGCAAGAUAUGCUACUGGCAGAACCUGAGCUCUCUCGAUUAGGAAGGAUAAUAAGAAGUCAUUAGUUUUGCUUGUGUAGCAAAAUAUCCUUCUGCUCAGUUUAGAGCAACCAUUCUUGUGCCUUCAUUACCAUUCUUAUGUAUCUUUUUUUUUUUUUUUUUGGCUUUUUCUGUUAUUCUUUGGUGUCCAUUAUGCAUAUAUGUAGAUCAGUAUAUUGACAAUGGCGGUGUCUAUAAUGUAAAAACCUUCAGUGAUUGUAACAGGGGAUCAUCCAUUCAUUUAUAGCUGCAAAAACAAAAAAUAUAUAUAUCAAGUAUCAUUUUUUCC